AUGCAACCGCUCGAUCAUUAUAAAUCUGUGGCCCAUGACCUGCUCGGUCAUCCUGUCCCAGGUCUGCCGGACUUGACUCCCCAACCGACCUUUAAUACACUCCUCCCCUCCUUUAUCCAGAAGCUUCCACCAAAUCUCCCCGACGAAGACCUCCAGUUCCUGGCAACAAAGGGCGCCUUUUCACUGCCAGACGAAACCCUGCGGAACGAACUCCUCAAGACAUUCGCCCUACAUGUACAUCCCUAUCUACCUGUCCUCGACCUUUCGAUACUCCUGGAAGCUAUCGCCAACAAUAAUGGGGAAUCCCGCAUUAGUCUCCUAUUAUUCCAUGCUGUCAUGUUCUCAAGUACCGCCUCCAUAGACCCCAAACACAUCCAUCGCGCUGGAUACACGUCCCGAAAAGCCGCACGCCAGGAAUUUUUCCGAAAAGCGAGGGUGCUAUACGACUUUGAUGUGGAGCGAGACCGGGUCAUUCUGAUCCAAUCCGUUCUGUUAAUGACAUACUGGCACGAGACACCAGAGGACCCCAAAGAUUUCAGAUACUGGCUAGAGAUAGCCCUUUCCCUUGCGGGAUCAAUCGCUUUCUAUGACCGAUCCGAAUGGGCGUCAGAAACCGCAUCCAAGGGUCUCUGGAAGCGCAUCUGGUGGUGCAUGUAUACCCUUGAUCGCCUAGUCGCCCUCAACCUCCGACGGGCGGUAGUGAUCAAGGACGAAGACUUCACCGUGCCGCCACCCUCAAUGGCCGAUUUCAAUAUUCAGCGACAUCCGCCACAUGUGCUGAGAAUGCUAGGAAACUGCGAGGUGCUUCGAGGGGUAGGUAAACAACAGCAACUCGCGCAAAUGUUUAUUGAGAAAUGCAAGCUUUGCACCACCAUCAGCGGCCUUAUUUCCCCCAUCUCAAACGCAUCCGGUUGCUCACCGUCGGUGUUCACAUACUAUAUCCAGGCCCUCGAGAACUGGCAAGCCAACCUGCCCUCAGAUAUUCAGUACCAGGCCCCGGAAUCGCCCGUUCUGUCCGAGGGCGACCGGUCCCUCUUCGCAUAUCGUGCGUGGUUAGAAAUGAUUUUUCUGGCAGCAUCGGGCGCCCUUCACCGGCAGCGGCUGGGAACCCAAGAAUACCACCCCUGGCAUGAACAGGCAAGUCCGCCAGAACGCGGCAUUCAAAAGAUAACCCAGUCUAUGGCAGUUGUCGCGGAGGGGUUGCAUGAGCUGGAUCUUGUGCAUUGCCUUCCGACCACGACGGUGGGGCUCCUCAUGCCCGUACUUGCAACGCAUAUCAUGAACAUCCGGUCAGACAGCCCCGAUCUGUGGGGGAACGCCUUUCGAUCGUUCUACCAGUGUAUGAAGGUUUUGGAGAAGCUGGGCGAGGUCUACAUGCUAGCCGAGUCGAUGGCGAGCUUUUUCCAGUCUGCCAUCUGUGGUGACAAAGACGGAGAGAUAAAUGCUGCUGGCAGUAGCACCGGUACGCCAGGGCUGCUGCCCACGGCCUUUUUGGAGAAGGUUCUCACAGCGUCGGAGCUGAAGACCUUUUACGCAUAUCGUGAGCUAGAACGGGCAAGCAGUUAA